UCCCUGCCCCGCUUUGCCCAGCUUUCACACGAUGGCAGCAGAGGCGGGGUAACGCAUUGGAGCUGGGGGCUCAGCUCCUGGCCCCCGCUGCCCCAGCCUGCCCCGCGCCGCUGCCUCCGCCACCCCCAGCUGCCAGGAUCAGGCCCCGGCUCCACCUCCGGCCACCCCGUGACGGUCCCAGGGGUGACACUACCUGCCCAACCUGCGCCGCGACACCCGGUCCCACCCCUUGAGUCAACCAGCCCCGCCGCGACGCCAACCCCGCUGGCCUUGCCGUCUCUCUCCCGGACCCCUCUAGCCCCCCCCACACCCUGCUUGCACCCCCAGACCCCACUUGCUUCCCCCCCCCCCCCUCCCCCUCCCCGGAGGAAACUUUGCCCCCUCGGUGCCUCCCGGAGCCCGUCCCACCCCGUGCCGCCUGCUCGAGGCUCUGCAGCGGGAAGGAGGAAGCCAAGCGACGGCAGCGCCAGCAAGGGUGGCAGCCAGGGCAGCAUGGGCAGCGCCGAGGAGGAUUAUAAUUUUGUCUUCAAGGUCGUCCUGAUCGGGGAGUCCGGGGUAGGCAAAACCAACCUGCUCUCCCGCUUCACCCGCAACGAGUUCAACCACGACAGCCGCACCACCAUCGGCGUGGAGUUCUCCACCCGCACCAUCCUGGUGGGAGAUGCUGUGGUGAAGGCUCAGAUCUGGGACACGGCCGGGCUGGAGCGAUACCGCGCCAUCACCUCUGCGUAUUACCGGGGAGCUGUGGGUGCCCUGGUUGUCUUUGACAUCACCAAGCACCAGACGUAUAACGUGGUGGACCGCUGGCUGAAGGAGCUGUACGACCACGCUGAGGCCAGCAUCGUCGUCAUGCUGGUGGGGAACAAGACCGACCUGGCACAGGCUCGGGAGGUGCCCAUGGAGGAGGCGAAAAUGUUUGCAGACAACAACGGGCUGCUCUUCGUCGAGACCUCGGCGCUGGACUCCACCAAUGUCGAGCAGGCGUUCGAGACCAUCCUGAAGGAGAUCUUCCACAAAGUGCAGAAACAGAAGCAGAGGAGCAGCCAAAGCAACCUGGUGGCACUGGCCAACGAGAGCGUGGAGAGCACGGCCCCAGCGGCGAUGGAGAAGCGCCCAUGCUGCGUGGCCCUCUGAGCCGGCCGGGCACCCCGGGAAGCCCCCGGGGACCCCCGCAGCCCUGGGACGUGCCAGUGGCGUAGAGCUCUGCCUCGGUGCAGACUGGUCUGGCCACCGGCACAGGUGUCACCCAGCCUGCGGUGCCACACGGUGUCACACCUGUCCUGGUGCAGUGGGGACCUGCAGCCCGGACAGGGGCCAAAUCCUGCCAUCACCGGUGAGAAGCACCAGUGCCGGCAGCUCUUCUCUGUCUGCUUCGGUUCUGAUGAGCUUCGCCACCGUCACGCAUGGACCUCCCAGCCCCUCCGGACCCCCAGGGCACGGAGACACCCGAGGCAUCGCGGGAGAAGGAGCCGGGAGGUUCUGGCCAGGACCGUGGCAGUGACCGGAGCCUCUCCGCUUGCGUCUGGCCCUGGAAUUGCUCCUGUGGGUUCACCCUGCGCCACGCGUUGGGGACGUGGCUGUCCCCACAGGUCUCCAUCCCCACCGGGGGCUGCUCUGGGGUCAUCCCAAGCCCUUGGCAGCGCUCAGCCCUUGGCACACCUCUGUCCCCAGCGCAGGCGUGGGACAAGCGUGAUGGCAGGACCUAGCAAAGGUCCCUUGUGCCUGCAUGGUGGGAUGGAGCUCAGUGCAGAGCCGGGUACCGAGGGGCCUGGGAGCAGCUCCGUGUCCAGCGCGGGGGUGACGCAAUCAUUAAAGGACUUGUGAAACGCA